CCCGAGAGUCCUGCUCCUCCCCUUCCCGCCUGGGGCCACGACUCUUACUCAUCUCCUUCCCAGACAACCCGCCCGGAAAGCUCUGCUCUGCAAGCAGCGCCUACAGCCCCGGUUGCCCGCCAUGGCCUGGGAGGCUCAGCUUGCAGUGCCAGGCUGGUUCAUUCCCAGUGCUGGAAGGAUCUCAAGUUUUUUUGGUAGUCCCUGUCCACAAGCACCUGUCUUGAACUCUGCCUGCUGCCUCUGCAGCCCAGCUGCAGCCAGACCAGUACAGCCAGAGUGUCACAGGGCACAGGGUAGAGUGGUACCUGGGCUAUUUUUAGUGCUUGAGCCCACCCAGGAGACAUGCAUAACUCCCCCCCAUACAGCCUUGAUAUGUCCACCACCCUGACCCCACCUGCCUUGUAAUGCCCCCAAAUAAUGACUGGCUGCUGCCAUGUCCAGACUUUUCCCAGCCUUGACUGGCUUGUCUGACCCUUGUGUGCUUUCCCAAAUGAGUAACAAGGGCUGCCUGGCCAGGCAAGAGGGCUCUUGCGCCCUGGCUCCUCAUAUGGCCCCAUAGCACAUUUAGCACCACACACACCCCCACACAGCCCUCCCAGCCCUUAGCACGGUGCCCAGCUGGCACCAAGAAGGGUGGGCAGCAGACACCAGUAUAAUCUCUCCAGCUCUUCCCAUGUCCCUAUGCCUGCACCAGUGAUUCCCAACCAGUGUGCUCACUCUCUGGCCACUUCCAUUCCAGCAGGAGAGCAACAGUGUACUGUGGGUCUGGGCACAACACCAGGGGCUCUGGAGGUGGGACUGGCUGCAGCUGCCCACACCACACUAUAGUGUGCCCAGAGGGCAUUUCCCAGGCAAGCACUGUCCCCAGUACAGAAAGUGGCUCAAGUGACCCAUGCCAGCAAGAGGGUGAGCAUCAUGCUCACCUCUCGGCUUUGAGCAGGUGAUGGCAGAAAGACCUGGAAACUCGUUAAGGUAGGCAAAGUUGCAGGCAUGCUGAUGGUGGUGGCAGCAUGAUGCCUACAGUGGGGUACUGCUGGCUUACCCAGACAUACUGCUAGGCUCAGGGUCACUGCUCACCCAUGUGUCUUAGUGCCAGCUGGACAGAGUGAGGCACUGGGCAGCCUGGCUGUGCUGUGGGACUGCUGGGGAGCAGAACUCCAGGCUCUGUGUCUGCUUGGGGCAGUGCAGACCAGCAUGCAGCAAUGGGCACAAAGUUGAUGAGCUGCUGAUGGAGAGUCAGCAGAGUGGAGGGAGCUGGAGGGACUCUCAUCGCACAAAAGCAACCUCUUAGGCUCUGUCUAGCCCCAGGGACCCAGGGAGCUCCUGCCUCUUUAAAACCUGAUUAAGUCCAUGCCUUUAAAAUGGGCCUGGGCAAGGACCUCCUACCCUGUAGGAGGAGGCUGAGUCAGGAGCAGGUGGGCUGAGUGAGCUGAUUCUCCCACCCCACUUCACCCCACUCCCCUACCCUUGCACCUUUACAGCUCCCAUAGCCAGGCUCUGUUGGGCUAGCUUUGCUCCUGGUCUGGAUUUUAGUCUGGAAUUUGUCCCCCUUUUUGCACAGAUUCCCCCCACCUUUCUAUUCCUGUGCCAAGCUGAAGCAGCUGGUGUGGUUGUCCUGUCUUGAUAGAAGCUGGAAGCACCCUGGGAUCCUUUUGCUGGUGCCCGCAGUCAGCUCUCCCUCUCAAGUGAGGAGAAGCAUGACUGCAGGUUUUCCCUAAUUCUUCUGCUGGCCAGCCCCACCUUGUCCCUCUUACCUGCUCCCUCCCAACAUUCACCUAUCAUGGCUAUGCCCUAUCCUUUCACCAGCCUCCUCCUUCUCCUUGUUGUGCCCCUUUCCCAGGCUGCAAACCAGUCCCCACUGCCCCUUGCCUCCCUGCCCGCUGUCCCCACCCUGCCCCUCCUGCAGGCCCUGCAAACCCGGGCUCCAGGCAGCCCAGGCUGGCAGGUGGGGCCAGCCAGUGGACAGCCCCUGCGCUACAUGCUGAACCUGUACCGGCGUGCUGCUGACCGCGAAGGCCGGCCCCGCCGCAGCCGCAGCCUAGGCACCAACACCAUCCGCCUGGUCCAGGCCAGUUCCCAUGGGGGUCAGCCCUGGGCAGGUCGCUGGUACUUGCAGGCCCUCACCUACCACAUGGAGGGCCAGCCAGAGGUCGAGCACCUCCUCAGAGCUACUGUGGUCUACCUGCCCAGUCUGUCACUGGCCCACGGUCGCCUUCUCUGUGCUCUGGAGCUGGUGAUGGCUGAUGAGGCACCCAGGGUGCUGCUCAGCCCUACUGCCCGUCCCCGCCAUGGCUGGGCCGAAGUUGACGUCACACCUUAUCUGGUGCUGGGAAACAGCAGCGUGGGGAGCCUGGCACUGCGGCAUGUCUGCGUGCGUGCUGGCCGAGCAGGAGGCCACGAUGCCCCUGUGGCCCCUGGCCACCCUUUCCUCCUUCUCUACCUUAAUGAUACCCAGGCAGGGUUGGCACCUCUGGCAGCAGAGCCCCACCGACACCGACGCGAUACGGGGACAUUGGCUCAUGACCUGCCCAAGUACCUGCAGGACCAGGGAGGGGAGAAGAGUGACUGUUCCCUCCGCCCCUUCCCUGUCAGUUUUGCACAGCUGGGCUGGGACCACUGGAUCAUUGCUCCUCACCGCUAUAACCCACGCUACUGCAAGGGCACCUGUCCCCACCUGCUCCGCUAUGACUUCCACGCACCCAACCAUGCUGUGGUGCAGGGUUUUGUUCAUCAGCUGGUGGAUGCCAGUGUGCCCCGGCCCUCCUGUGUGCCCUAUCGCUACAGCCCCAUCAGUGUCCUCAUGAUUGAGCGCAAUGGAGGCAUACUGUACAAGGAGUACGAGAAUAUGAUUGCAGAGUCCUGCACUUGCCGGUAAUUUCCACUGCUCCAGCACAUCACCCCUGGGCUCUGCCUCUUCCUGCAGAUCUGGACUUUAGGGUUUAUCUUGCUCUGCCUGGGGCUCACUUGGCUCAUCUCCCCUCCCCAUGCAGUGCUGCUCAGUGGGGAGGUUUUACAAUGACAGUUUUAUGUAAAUUGUGGGUUUUUAAAGGCAGGAACCUGUGCUGGGGUGGUUGCCCUAUGGCAUCUGUCCUUCCUGCAGCCCCCAUGGCUGCUGCCUGGUUUUGGUGGGCAGGGGGGCUUGGCCUGAUGUUCUCAGAUAUGAGGUGUGUCCCUAAACUGGAGUACAAAGCUCUUAGGAGAUGGCUGGGAGUCUCCUGGUGGAGCGAGGGCAGGGAGGGAGGAAGUCCAGGUGUCUCUGUGUUUUGCACCUGACAUGUUGGUGGUGUCAGGAUCUGAUGUGACCCUGCCCUGUGGCAUUCCUUCCCAACUCACAUGCACCCCAUCCCUAUCUAGUUUCAACUGCAGAGGCAUCUCACCAGGCUGAGAAUUUGGGCUGGAGGGAGGAAGCCUCUCUCCUCCCCUGGAUUUCUGCUCUGGAAGGGCUGUGAAAAACUGGAGGGACCUGAGCUGCCAUCUCUGCUUCUGGUGCUAGAGGCCAAGGCAGCUGUCUGUGCUGGGCUCUGCCUGCUGUUUCCUUUGUCACACUUGUUCUUCAACUCCUUGGCUUGCCCUCUAGCAGGGCUCAGGUCUUGUUCCCAGAGGUCAGAUUCCUGUUGCAGAUGUCUCUCUACCUUCUUGCACUCUUGCUGUCACACAGGCCUUGGGCUCUGCUGGGCUUCUGGUAUGUCCCUGUUCCCAGAAGGGUCAGUCCCACUCUCAGCACCCCUGCUGCCUGACUUUUCUCUAUUUAUUUCUUGACUGUGAAUAAAUAAAUUGAUUGAUUUUGCUAAA